AUGAGCUUAUUUUGUUGAUAAAACUUCAUUAAAUAUUAACCUAACAUAACCUUAACCAAACAACCUUGACCUAACAUAGUAUUAACCAGAAAUAUCAUUAAUAGGAAGAAAUCCUUAAUGCCUUAUUCCUUUGUUUCAGUUCAUAUGGAAUCCACGAACGGUCAUCAAUGUGUCUCUCCGGAUUCCACCAACAAAAAUAUUAACAUUGAGCUGAGAAUUUGUUGCCUCAUAAUGUCUAAUAGCAAAGUAAAUAGCAACUGACACUUGGAAAACAUGUGCAGAAAUAUGAAAGAGAAGUCUUCGUGGGAGGCUGCACAUUUAGGAAACGAUAUAAGACCAGUAUAAUGGACACGGCGAGAAGUAUAGUUAACAAUGCAGGAUUCACAAAGAGCAACCUCGGCAAGAAGUAAUGGAGGCAGCCGCCGUAGACGAUGGGAAGUAAAGUCGAAAGAAUCCUUUGAAACUUCCUUGGCUGUAGAAAUUGAAUCUCCAGAGAAGAGGACACGCAAUACUAGGAAUGACUCUAAACAGGAACAGUCUAAAGCAUCAUCCCCAAAAGAUUCAUCAAAAAAAACCAAAGAUGACACUGACCCCCUCUCUACUAGACUCUCUGCCUUGAUUAAUGAAGCUAACACAAAGUACAAAGAUCCUCAGAAAAGACUGACCAAAGAUAAAGAUAAACAACACAAUAAGAGAGAAGAUUCGAGUCUAAGCUUGAUAUUAAAAAAGAGAGAGAUCAUAUUAGUAGUGGCAAAGUGGCAAAACCAGAUAAAGAAAAUAUUACAAAUAAUUAUUUUACAGAUCAGUCAAUAAUGCAACCUCUCAAAGACAAAGAUAAAACUCAGAAACUUGAUGAUAAGUUUGAAACAAAAUCUCUGAAAGUGGCAGCUACUACACCAGUGAAGAAUGAAUGUGAACACGUAACCUUUGAGGCCUCUGCUCCUCCCCUGGAUGAAGAGACGCCCAAGAAGAAAAAGAAAAGACCAAAAAGAAAAUGAAUCCCAGAUCUUAAUGACGAGUAAUUCAAAUGAAAAAUCCUACAUUAGUCUCCAGUUAAAAGAAAUGGAUGAUGAUAUAAUAGAGGUUACUAGAGAAGAUAAUGAUUGUGUUUUAUCUGCACCAAGACUGUUAUUAGCUGCUUCAACUUCAGAUGCACAUAAUAACAUUAGCACAAUAUAUCAAGAGAAGUUGGAUGGCUUUGUGGUGGCCAGAAAUGAAUUUUCCGGUGUAUACAAGAAGAGUGAAGAUAUUCAUGAUGUUAGCCAAGUUCCAACCAGAAGUUCUCAUGCAAUUUUUAUCCAGGGAGGCUUCAGAACCUUCUCAGUAUUAUGCCAAGGUCUUCUUGCAGGGAACUCACAUUGUCUCUUGAUAUUCUUGCUGGAUGAUGACCCGAGUAAUAUCCCCAGCCUCUACCCUCCAACCAUGGCUCAUGUGUUCUUCACCCUAGUCAUUUUUCUCACCACUAUAUGUCUAGUGGCUGCCUGUGAUAGGAGUGAUCUCAUUGGGCUUGGGGUGUUCUCUGGUCAUGGUAUCAAAGUGCCUUGGACGACAGCCUUCUACAUCUCCUCUCUGGUGCUUUCUCUGGUGGCCAGACGCACGGAAAAUCUUCUCAUUAACUUCAGUAUUUAUCAAAGCUCAGGAUUUUCAACAAAAGAGGUAACAGAUUUGAUGGAUUGGUGGCGAUGGAUCUGUGUCGCGAGGUCAUUAUCAGUGUUGGCUUGGCUGGCGGUGGUGCCUGAUCCCCACACUGAUGCUCUGCUAGACUAUAUCCAAGAUUUUCACAAGUAAACAUAGUGUUGUACCUGUUGUUGUGAUAACUCACUAUGUAUUCUUAUGUUUAUUGCAAAUAUGUUAAUGCUUGAAAUGCCUUACAUGCAGUAUAAUCAAUUUCACUGCAAUUAUUAUGCAACAAACUGUACAUGUUAUUGAUUUUAAAACAUUCCAUCCAUUAUGCCUUAUGGUAACAAGUAGUAAUAACUAUAUUCUUGAAUAUUAAAAUGUGAUAUGAAGUCCUUAUGUGCAAACCAUGUGUAAAUAGAAAUGAGUCAAAGUUUUCUUAUUUCUAUACAUGUUCUUACAUGAUAUCUCUGUGUCAUAUGUGUGGUAGGGUUGGUCUGGUACCAAGACAAACCUCUCAAUGAACAAUAGAUGACUAUUAUGAUGAGGUAAAGUUGACUGGGCAUUUGUAAGAUUUAACCUAAGUUGCUUUGACAUGCCUUCAGGGUUUUUCAGUAAACAGUUUGAAUAUCCUUUGUGGGAUAAAUUUAAACAGAAAUAUAGCAAACAAAUAUGAUUUACUUAGUUAUUAGAUAUGGAUGAAAAGGUGCUCAUACAGCCCUCAUAAUAGCUGAACUUAAAUACUGUAUAACCAACAUACAAAUAAUUAUAACCCAUAGCGAGUUAUCCUGGAGGUUUAGUCCAGAUGUCGUCCCUCCUGCAUGUUACAUUACUGAGGUGAAAUAUAGUUCCAGAGGUAUUAACUGUUAGUUGUCUGGGUAUGUAAAACUGAAUUUUAGACAAUCAUUGUAUACUGUACUUCAGUAUUAAGAAGUAUUUUAAGACAUUGCACAAAUAUAUGGACUUGGUUUCCUUUUUAUUUUAAUUUCUUGGAUUUUAAUCUUAUUUUCUGCAGUAGAAUUGAAAAUAAUUGGAUAAUUUUUAUGAAAGUGGAUGGUACAGUAAUACAGUAUUGUAUAAUCAUAUAUAAUAUACUGUAUUGUCCUUGCAGUUUACCGUAGCCAUUGCUUUCUUUGAUAUGAAAUAAUGUUUCAUAUCAAGGGGGAAAUAUUUAACAUACCUCUACUGAUUGUCAGCAAUUAUUGACUUAGUUCAGUUAGUGAGAAGCUUUUUUUAUUUUGUGAAGGAAAGAUAUCUAAUAAACCCAUCUGUUGUGUGAUGUGAUGUGUUCUUUCAGGCAUAAUCCAACACACAAGCCACUUAGCACAACAAAAUAGUCGAUAUUGGAAAAAGAGUCAGGACUGGUACAGCAAAGCCAUAUAUCAGUGAAAAUUGAUUGACAUGAACCUAACCUUAAUAAUUGUAGGGUAGUUUUGGUUCAUUUAGUUAAUGUAAAUUGAAAAAUAAAUGGUUUAGCUGACCAGUUCACGAUUCUUUAUUAACAUUGAUGAUUAUCCUUGGCACAAAGAUGAACAAUUAUAGAUACUGGUUCUAGGUCAGUUAUUAACGAAAGAAACACCAUAACUAAUAUCAGGUAAUUUUAUUUAUUGUUUGUGAAAGUGAUACAUAGUGAAUAAAUUUUAUUUUUAA